CAAAUAGUAUCACACAACGCCAACUCACAGAUUUGUCCCUCGGCGCUGUCCGUAAUACGCGCUUUGUCUGCGACACACGGCAUUCAGGUCGCAUUCUAUCCGCGUGCUCCUGACCUCCAGGCUGCGUGUGAGUAACCCCGAGCUUCCCUGAGUCCACAGCCGCAAUGUUCCGACUGGAGGGACUGGGCCCCAAAGCUGACCCGGAGGAGCUGAGGAAGAAGAUGAGGCAGGACGUGCUGAUCUCGGUGCGGAAUUUCCUGAUUUAUGUGGCCGUGCUGAGAAUCAGUGAGUAACACCGGGCGGGGUGAAAUAUUCAAUGUAUUUAUUCUGUUUGUCACAGACAGAGCUGGAGCUAAGCUACCAGUGUAAUGCUGAGUUAGUACAUUAUUAUUAUUAUUACACAGUUACUAUACCUUUUAUUCAAGCAGAUUCCUAUUUCUUGAUAAAAUUGAAGCAAAGAGCAGAAACUGGGCCACCAUAAGAAUUAUUUGGGCUUCUUACAACCACACUUUCCAGAGAUGCACACUUACUACAGAUAUAUAUACACACCCAGAUACUCAAUGAUAAAAAUACACUCUGCUAAAGAUACAUGAUUAUUAUUAUGAUAUUUAUAUAGCGCCAUCAAAUUCCGCAGCGCUUUACAAUGGGUGAACGAACAGACAUGUAGUUGUAACCAGACAAGUUGGACACACAGGAACAGAUGGGUUGAGGGCCCUGCUCAAUGAGCUUACAUGCUAGAGGGAGUGGGGUAAAAUGACACAAAAAGGUAAGGAUAGUAUUAGACUAGUGACAGUCACACUACUCCGCACAGACAUUGAAAUUGAGGUUUUGCUUGGGGACUAUUUCAUGGCUGUUUUGUAGUGGAUGGUGGCUUCCCUGGAAGAUCUGGCAGUGGCAACAGCACUGUCUUAGAACCAGGAAAGUGUCAUCUCUAAGUGCCCAUGGGCAAAACAUCUAACUAUAUCCGCAUACCUCAACUCCUCAUACAUUGAAAGCCUUUUGAGCAGGGCCUUUUCACCUCUGAAUAUUCCCUAUCUAUAAUUGUAAAGCACAGCCGAAUAUGUUGGCACUAUAUAAAUGGUAAUUAUAAUUAAAGGUACACGGUAGUCACCAGAACAACUACAACUUAAUGUAGUUGGUCUGGUGUCUACAGUCUGUCCCUGCAGGCUUUUAAAUGUAAGCGCUGCCUUUUCAUGAGUGCUUUGAGAAUGGACAAAAGCUUAGAGAAACUCAAUAGCCUGCCCUUCAGUAAAUCCCUGCUCAGGUCUCAAAAUAGUUUUUGCUCAUGUGUGUCAUUACAGAGUGUACCUAUACCAUUGUACAUCAGACUGAUCCCACUUAGAAGGGCAGUCCAGAACCGAAAUUCAGGAAAGUUUUCGCUGCAAAACAUGAGCUAAAACCAGCUUGAGAUCUGAGUGGGGGACCCACCAAAGGGCAAGCUUAUUGAGUUGCGGCCCGUUCUCAGUAUUUUUUUGCACCUUGUUUUCCCCAAAGUUUAAAAUCCAGAUGUGAAAUUCCUUGCUCACGGUACCAAGAGCUGCAUCAGUAUACCUCACUGGCGAGUCCUAAGAAUGAAAUGAUUGUCUGGGGUUGAUGUAUCCUGCAUUUCGGAUCUGGGCCGCUCUUUUCGGUGUGAUCAGUCUGUGUUGUUUGUAAUGGCACAAGAUGAGCUAAAACUAUAUCUCAGAGGGGACCCACCGAAGGGCAAGCAAAUCAAACUGUUGUCUGUUCUCCGUAUUCUUACACAUGAAAAGUGCCUCUAGUGGCUGCCAAGAAGACAGCCAAAAAAGGUGUGUUUAAUCCCAAAAUGGAAACAUUGCCGUUUCUACAAAACUGCAUAAGCUACUCUGUAUUUGUUAAAACAAACACAACACUGGAAUACAUUAAUUUUACAUAAUUGACUAUUAUAGAAAAAAAAAUACAAUAAAUAUGCACAUGUUUAUCAGGUGCCUUAUGAUGUAUGUUUCAAAAUGUUAAUUAUAUGUCUUUCAAGGAACACUAUAGCGUUAUGCAAAACCUAUAUAUAACAUGUAUUUCAAACACUAUAGUGUUAUGAAAACUGAGAAAAUAAAGUGUAUGUUGUGCUACUUACAUAGAAACAUACUUGCCUCUCUGUUUUCCAAAAAGUAAUCAAGGAGACAUUGCCUCCUCCCGGCAGUGCGGACCUGUUGCGCAUACAUGGCGAGUGCUGUGCACUCAUCUAAUGGUUGUUAUAGGAAAGCAUUGAAUGCAGUGCUUUCCUAUGAGCUGCUAUGUCAUGCAGUGGAAGCGCCUCUAGUGACUGUCCAGAAGACCACCACCAGCCACCAGAGGUAUGUUUAAUCCUGCAAUGUAAUUCAUUGUGUACAUUUUUUUACAUUGCAAGGUUAAAUUGAUCAGAUAUUUAAUUGAGAAAAAGUGGUCUGGGAGACUUGAGUCAUCCUUUAAGUCAGUGGUUCCCAAACCGGUCCUCAUGGCCCACCAACAGUCCAGGAUUUAUGUAUUUCCCUGUUUUAUUCCAAUGGAGAUACUAACAAAACCUGGACUGUUGGUGGGUCUUGAGGACUGGUUUAAGAAACGCUGCUUUAAGUAGAGAACAUCAUUAUAAUUCUGUGUUUAAUCAUGCAAUGCACAACCAUUUUAGUGUUUUUCAGUGGUUUUGAAAAGUUCCCUUCACGGGUGAAAAGACACCUCAUUAUACUUAAAAUAAAUAAAUGAGUGCAUCCUUUCCUUUUAGUCAUCCCCUUGCUUUUUGUGGCAAUAUGUAUGCAAGUUGAUGUAAUAUGGCUUUCGUGAACUAUAAGUGUGCCAGUGUUGGGAGCAUGGAGUUGGCAACUGCAUGGUGGGGCAAAUAAUACCUGAGACACAGGAUGCCUGAAAGUCAUUGGGUAGAGAUUUUGCAAGGGGUGACAGGCACAAAGGCUGCUAAAACAAAGGGUUGCUGACCGACUUAAGAGAGCCUAUAAACACCAGGAUGAAGAAUGUGGCAGACACAGGUAAGGUCGAGACAGUACUAGGCUAUACAUAGCAAUAAAUUACCUUUUAAGAUACUCUGCACGUGAGGUAUGUAAAUUAUGGCUAGAUAUAUUUGUAUAUACUUUUAUUAUGUGUAAUUUACUUUUUAAAAUGUGUUCAUUUACAGCUCCGUUUGUCUUAAAGAAACUUGACAGUAUAUGAGAAGAUGGAGCUAUUUCACGGGGAAUGCUAUCUAUACCUUUUAACAACAUGAAAAUGGGAGCAGCAAAAAUGGAAGUGUCUGAGCAGCAACAGCAAAGAAAAAAAAAACAGACAGAAGAACUGGGUUCUGAUAUCAUGUUCUAAAAUGAAAAGACUUCUAGUUACACAAAGACUUGUUUAGCAUAUUGCAUAAUGUUUUGUGGAUUAUUUUUUCCUUUAAUUUCAAUAUCAUUUUUUAAUUGUGAUUUAUUUUGUUUUGUUUAAUAUACCAAUAACAUCACAAAUCUUUGUUUUAUGAAGCUACCUCUAAUUUCUGACAUUGCUACCAAGAUGGUAUGUUGAAAUAAGAGAUUGUUUGUUUAACUUGAUUUAAAAAGAAAAAAUGGUUCACCAGUUUUGGUCUUGUUUUAUCAUGUAGAUGGUGUUUAAAUGAUCCCUUUUAUGUUUUUGAUAUUAGAUGGCUAUAUGAAAAUACUCUUGCAAGCACUGGCAGGCUCACACGUGUCUCUAAAACUCUCAGGAAACACAAGGGAGGGUUUAAAAUUAAUACCAAAAACAUAAUCUUUCAAACUAGCAGAGUUAUUCACUAAAGCUACAAUUGUCAUGAAUUCAAGGUGAAAUUGUAAUUCACGGGCAAAAUAGUCAAACUUGAUAUGGGGAUGCGCACUGUGUUUUCAAGAAUCUACAUAUCAACCUUGAAGUCGCGCAGUCAUUUUUUUUUUUUUUUUUGUGUGUCUUGUUUACUUUUUCAAUAAUUAUAUCCCUCCCAUUUCCCUGUUUCUUUAUUUAAGAUUUAUUAUCUUGUCUUCUUUCUACCAAAUUUCAAAAACUCAGUGCCUCUGUUUUUCUUCUCUAUCCAUGUAUUCUACAGUGUAAUCCUCUGUUUACUGAUGAAUUAAGAGGUAAAUUCCCUUGGCAACUUAAAUGAAACUUUGCUUAAGCUCUGCCCAUUGCCAAAGAUCACACACUGCAUAAGAAAAAGUAAACUUAGAAAAAACAAAGAUGAAUUUAGAACAAAAACUAAAAAUAUGGAGGAAGAGAAGAACAAAAACCUGCAAAUUGACGGUGAAUCUUUCAGAUGAGACAGUGUAAACCAAGCAUGUCAAACUCAAAGUUUAUAUGGGCCGCACAAAAAAAAAAAACGGUUUAAAUUUUCAUAGAAAUGUAUGUUUAUUUUUAUACCGUACUCCCCUCUACUAAAUCCCUGUCCUCCCCUGUACUAAAUUCCAUUCCUUCCCCCCUCUACUAAAUCCCAGCACCCCCCUCUAGCUAACAAGCAGACUCCACUUACAUUUCCGCUGCCAGUAUGCGACGCCGGAGUCCGGCCUCUGGUAUUCCAC